AUGACGGAUUGCAAGGUGGUGGUGAGGAGCUGGGCGUCCGGUGAUGACAGUGGAAUGGCGAUUUCUCGCGGCCGCCUCUCCUCUCACUGUCUCCACCAUCCUCCUCGCCUCCUAUCUCUGUUGCCGCUCCUACCACUACCCAGUGCCCUCAACAACAACCACCACCAUCACGGCAUCACCGCAGCAACCACACACCUUGACGCCUGGCUGAAGCUGAACGGAUCGUGCCCGGUUUCCAGGAACUUGCCGCUGCCAACCCCGCUAUCCACGCCGCUCUCGGAGGUCGUUUCACUCUUGCAGACUCGCAGUACGCCGCGGAUCGGAGGCGGAGGAGUUUACAGUAAUCUUGCUGGUGAGACAUUUCUUUGCUGUGUUUAUCGGUGGAACGGAAGAUUACCCCCUUCACACUUCUUACUGUGGAGGAUACGGAUGAUGAUGAGAUGGUGGAGAUUGAUCUGCCAGAUGGAAAAUAAUUGUUAUUGUACAAUGUUGCAUUUUAGUUGAUUGUGUAUGGAAUUGUGAGGUGGAGUUUAA